AUGCCCUUUGAAUAUUCUAAUCCAAAUGAUCCCCUAAUAGCUUCAAAAUCCCUUCAUUCCCAUAGGAAGCGUCCAUCACUUGUUUGGACUCUGAGCUCCAAUCAGCUUCUCUCGCAGAAAUAAACAACCCGAACCCAGAACCACAAAGCCUCGCUCGCAAUCUGCACGCGCUCACUGACAUCUGUGAGAGGUUUCUGUGCAUUUUCUCGAAAUGUUUUAUUAUCCAGCGGUUCUGAAGCGUCACUCGGGAAGUUUUUCAACGAUUUGGCUGGUUGCCACAAAAGGUAUAAAAGUUCCUCGACGGGAUUUCCUCAAAGUAAAUGUAAAAAGCACCUGUGAUGACAUCAUGAACUACGUGCUGGAGCGGGUCCCUCCACCUGCACCGGGCCUGCCAAAGCCCCGCUUCUCGCUCUAUCUGUCCUCGCAGCUUCAGUAUGGCGUGGUGGUGGUCUACCACCGCCAGUGUGCCAUUCUUCUCGAGGAACUUCAGUUCAUUGUCACCCAGCUCCUGAAACAAAGAGACACCCAGAAAAUCGACUUGCCUGACCACAGCAGACAACCUGUGCUCCUGUCAGACGCCGUGUCUCUAAUGGAGGAGACCGAAGGAGCUCUGGAUCCUUUAUUUGGAGUGAUGCACCUUCAGGACCCCAUGCCCAGCCCGGGCGCCAUAAUACAGAUGACUCGGGAUUUUCUGAGAAAAGCUUCCCCUGAGCGUCCAGAGGAAGGGAGUUCAUCUGCUUCAGAGCUGGGAGGAGGUACUGCACUCCGUGCUAUAGCCCUGACCACAUCUCCAGAAAGCAUCACUCUGAGGGAAGCAGAGCCGGUCACCAUCCCUGUCGCGGAGUUUGAGGGCGAGGACCUCAUUGAUCACCUUCCAGACACCAUUCAUCUCCUCCUGGCGGAAACAGGCCACUUUUCAGAAGAAGAGAUGCCGAGAGAAGAAGGGAUCCCAGAAGAGCCGGAGCUUCUCAGAGAAGGAAGAGAGCAGGAGAGAGACAGGACGAAGGAGCUCACCGCAUCCACCACUGAACUGCAGAAGACCACCAUCUCCAGUGAAGACGCCAUACUGUCGGCCCAGGAAGAGCCAGGUCCUCCUGCAGAAAUCCCAGGGCCUCCUGCAGACCAGAUGACUCCGCCCUCGGGGCUUGGGCUCCCUACACCUCCCUCUGCUGCAAAAGAACGUGAAGGCCGUCCCGCGAGUCUCAACUUAGAGGGUGACCCUGCAGAGGUGGCCGUGAAGAGGAGGAGGAGGAGGCAGCUGGUUUUUUUCGACCCGGAGACGCAGCUCUCCCAGGAGGAGCAGCAGCAGCGCAUCGGCAACCCCCUGGUAGAGACCAGACCUCCGCUUCUACUGCCCCCUCCCGCCCACCGGGUCCUCCCCGCCUCCGAGCUCUUCAACAACCCCUGCAACACUUUGCCCCGUGAGGUCGAGUUGCCAUGGCGACGGGCUGCAGUGACAACACCUCUGUCGGGUUCGGACCUUCAGGUCGGCGAGCGAGGCCCGGAGUCCACGGACUCUGAGAGGGAGAGAGAGCCUGAGCCGAUGCAGGUGGAAGACAGAGAGGAGAGGCUCGAAGUGAGCCCCAGAGAGAUCCCCAGAGAAAUGCUGGAGGCAGAAAUGAUGGAUAUUACAGAUCCAGAAACGCUGCUGCUGGAGGCCUCCGAGCCAAAGGAGGUGUCUCGAGAGAUCUCCCCUGUUCCCUCCGAUAAAGAAAGUUCCACGGUCUCCAGGUCCGUCUCUCUGCUGCAGGACAUCCCAGAGGUGAUGGACGAGCUGAGUGACAGAGGAGAGCCUCUUGGGUUCCUGCCUGCAGUGGAAGAAGAGCCUGUUCUUUUUCAGUCUCUUUUACCGGCGAAUGUGGACCGCAGGACAGUCAGCGGCGUUUUCCAAAGGCUUCUGGAGAACCUGUCAGCCAGAACUAUAUGGGUGGACCAGAAGCAGCCUUACGGAGACAUCUUGAUAUUUCCUGGUUCCAACUUCCAGGAGAUGCAGUCGUCUCUGUAGCCGUCCCACAGUCACAUCAUCAAACCCCCAUGUUCACUAUUGGACUCAUGAGACCCUCAAACUGCAUGUUUGGGACGCCAUUUGUUAAGUCACUGAAAAACAUGAAUGAAUGCAGACGUUUUUCACUCGGUACCCUAAGGUUAUGUUUUUAGCUUUUGCAUCAUUCCGUCUUUUUCGAGGGGCCGACAAGCACAAGUUUUUAUAGUUCAAUUUAAAUGUGUUCCUGUCAGUCUUCACUGAUGUUCUUUUAAAGAAAACAAACUUUGAUCAAAUAAAGCAAAAGUUUUCCUUGA